AAAUAGGUCAGAGGUUACAUUUUGUCCUUCGGCCGCCAUGAUGUCCUGACUUUGGAGAUGUAAUUUUUUUCUUGGCCGGGAAAAGACGUAAAACAAGAUGACUUGGGGUGUUUCUUGGAGGACCCCAUUCCUCAACCCCUACAAGGGGAAGCUCCGUAAGUUUUACGGGAACUACUGGGAGAAGAAAGACGGAGAAGACGUCUUUGGAAAGACGUUGGUUGUCACCAAGAUAUCCACCUCAGCUGGUCUUGUUGGGCUGUCCUACUGGCUGAUUAUGCAGUCCUAUAAGAACAAACUGACCGGACCAGUGGAGGUAUUGAUGAGAACUGCAAGCACCACUGCUACGUUUGCUGGCCUUGGUGCGAUAUUUGGCCUGACCACACAACUGCUAGCACAGAAGCGAGGAGAUGAUGAGUUCAACUAUGCAAUGGGUGGCUGUGCUGCAGGAACUUUCAUUGGAGUCAGGAUGCACAGCUAUUCCCUUGCUGCGCAGAGCUGCAUCUACCUUGGUGCCGCCGGCUUCCUGUACAAAGUAUCCAAGAUCGAGAACUGGAGACCGCAGUUCACUGCUCUGAACGGUCCACCAAUGGGCGUUCCCGAGAACUGGCCAUCCAAGAAGCCCUAUGACCAAGAGUUCUAUGACACAUACUACGAUGACUUGUGGUUUGAUAAGAGUAAAUAUGUGUUCCCAGAAGACAAGGAAAAGUCCUAAAGUAAAAUGACAUGUAAUCUAGCAAAUAGGCUGUUCUCUGUUCAUAAGAACCUAUGAGAGAUAUACUUCAGUUCAAUCUUUGUGUGAUAUUCUUCAGACUGACUGACAUGUGAUCUGUAAUUUAGUAAACAACACUGUGCUAGAAACAAGACUAUUACAUAUUUGCAAACUUGGUAUUGUUUUCUGGAACACAACUGAUCACCAGUUAACAUGCACAUCAGAACUGUAUUUGUUUUAUUGAAAUACCUUGAUUGAACAACAAACUCUGUAAAUGCUACACUUUCAAGCCCUCCCUCCUCCAAUAAAGUGACUGCUACUAGUA